AUGGCGCAACAUUCUACGUACACGAUGGCUGGUUUAUUGGCGGCCGGCGGUGUCUUUGGUUACUUCAAGACUAAGAGCAUCCCUUCAUUGGUGGCAGGUGUGACGCUGGGUGCGGGUUUCGGUGUAGCAGGAUACCUACUGCAGAAGGGCGAGAUGGCUCAGGGUCAUGGCAUGGCGCUACUCAUGUCUACGAUAACUAUGGGUGCAAUGGGCCUGCGUGCUGUGCGCAACAAGAAGCCGCUACCAAUGGCAAUUGUAUCACUUGGAGCGGUAUCGGGUGCGUAUCACGCGCAUCGUUUCACUGAGUGGACCGACCAAGAGUAA